CUGUCAGAGGCAGACACAGCCAGCCGGCCGCUGCUGUGCCUCGCUGCUGUGCCUGCCUGCCGGCUGCCGCCAUCCAUCCUUUUUCCCUUCCUCCCCUCACCCCCUCGUCGGAAUCGGAACGGCUGUCGUCUGCCCCUUCGCCCCCCUCUUCGAUCCCUCACCCCACCCAGUGCUAGCUAGCUAGCUAGCUUCUAGUGGCUAGUAGCUCCCCUCCCCUGUGGGCUGCAACCUGGUUUGGGUUCGCGGAUCGAUCGCGAGAUCAAUCAAUCCAUGGCGCGGACCAACUGGGAGGCCGAUAAGAUGCUCGACGUCUACAUCUAUGACUACCUGGUGAAGCGCAACCUGCAGGCCACCGCCAAGGCCUUCAUCGCCGAGGGCAAGGUCGCCACCGACCCCGUCGCCAUCGACGCCCCCGGCGGCUUCCUCUUCGAGUGGUGGUCCAUCUUCUGGGACAUCUUCCAUUCGUCCACCGCCAAAGCCUCAUCCACAUCCACUGCCGCCGCCUUCAUCGACCACACCGCCAAGCAACAGCAGCCAAUCGGCGCCGGGACCGGGGCGCCUCCUCCUCAUCCCCUUCACGAUUCCAGAGAGCACCAGAUGAGGCUCCAGCAGCUGCUGCACCAACACAACCCCCACCUCCACACUACAAGAGAUGCUUCUCCUCCCGCCUCUAUCAAUGCCCUCAACUCCGAUGUCUCCGCUGUCCUCGCGUCCAAAAUGAUGCAAGACCGAGUCAGGAACCCCAACCCUAUUGACUCCGACGCCUCACAGCAUCUCCUAGACGCAAACAGGAUCGCGCUUCUAAAGUCACCACCACCUAGCCACACUGGGCCUAUGCCUAUGCAGCAGCAGCUUCAUCCAAGGAACCAGCAACUUGACAUCAAGCCCGAUGUUGGUAUGCCACAGAGAACGAUGCCUGCAGACCCUUCUUCCAUGUAUGCAUCAGGGAUGAUGCACCCAAAACCUGCAUUACUUGCCACUGGACUAAAUCAAGGUGGUGUUGGGAGUGUGCCACUUAAAGGUUGGCCUUUAACGGUCCCAGGUAUUGACCAACUCCGGUCCAAUUUAGGUGUGCAGAAGCAAUUGGUGCCAUCUUCAAACCAGUUCCAACUUUUAUCGCCACAACAACAGUUGCUUGCUCAGGCACAAACACAGAAUGACCUUACCAGAAUGGGUUCUCCAGCACCAUCUGCUUCGCCGAAUGUUCGACCAGAUGACCCGGAUUAUUUGAUGAAGUUGAAGAUGGCCCAGAUGCAGCAGUCCUCAGGCCACAGGCCUAUGGAAUUGCAACAGCCGCAUCAGCAGAACACUAGAAAGCGGAAGCCAACUUCUUCCGGAGCAGCUAAUAGUUCUGGCACAGGAAAUACUGUCGGGCCUUCUCCUCCGUCAACUCCAUCCACUCAUACCCCUGGUGGUGGAGUACCAGUGGCUAGCAAUGUUAAUAUUUUACAGAAGAGUUCAAUGAUUUGUGGUGUGGAUGCAACUGGUGGACUUGCCUCAUCCUCAAACCAGAUGGAUGCUUUGGAUAGUUUUGUUGAUUUUGAUGAAAACGUCGACUCUUUUUUGUCGAAUGAUGAUGUAGACGGAAGAGGCAUGUUUGCAGCACUUGAAAAAGGGUCUUCAGAGCACAAUACAGAGUCCUUAAAGGGUCUCUCUUUGAGUGAAGUUGGUAACAACCGUACAAGUAACAACAAAGUUGUUUGCUGUCACUUCUCUUCAGAUGGGAAGUUACUCGCUAGUGCCGGCCAUGAGAAGAAGGUCUUCCUCUGGAAUAUGGACAAUUUUAAGAUGGAUACCAAAAUAGAAGACCAUACAAACUUUAUCACAGACAUAAGAUUCAGAACUAAUUCAACUCAGUUGGCUACAUCAUCUUCUGACGGAACUGUUCGACUUUGGAAUGCUGCUGAUGAAAGUGGCGCUUUACAAACUUUUCAUGGGCAUAGGUCUCAUGUAACAUCAGUAGAUUUUCACCCAAGAUUGACAGAGGUUCUUUGCUCUUGCGACGACAAUGGAGAAAUUCUCUUCUGGACAGUUGGUCAGACUACAUCUACUCAUGUUUUGCGGGUGAAGCAGGGUGGAACUGGAAGAGUCAGGUUUGAACCUCGAAGUGGGCAGCUCCUCGCUGUGGCAGCUGGAAGCAUGGUGAACAUUUUUGAUGUUGAAAAGCAAUCCAGCUUACCCUGCCCUCCAAAGGGUCACAAUAGUGAGGUAAACUUUGUGUCCUGGGAUGAAAAUGGUGAAUAUCUGGCAUCUGUAAGUCAGGACACUGUGAAAGUGUGGUCGGUAUCGUCUGGUGUGUGCAUUCAUGAGUUACGAUCCAAUGGAAACCAAUAUCAGUCAUGCACAUUCCAUCCUAGAUACCCGAAAGUGUUGAUUGUUGGUGGUUAUCAGACUCUGGAGCUGUGGAGCUUAUCAGAUAACCAGAGAAUCCCAAUCCAGGCGCACGAAGGGUUGAUAGCUGCACUGGCGCACUCCCCGUUCACUGGAAUGAUUGCCUCUGCCAGUCAUGACAGAUGUGUAAAGCUCUGGAAGUAGCUAUAUAUAGAGGCCGGACCAUCACUACGGGCCGAUGCUACAGCCCAAGCAUAGCACGGUGUUCUUGGCUCUUGCAAGCAUUAGGUCGUUUCUGAGACCACAUUGGCGCAAUGGACUCCAUGGUGUUUGAGGCUGCUGAAUUAGAUGGAGCAACAAUGGUUUGUCACACUAACAGUAAAAUGGAAGGUUAUUUGUUAGUUUUAAACGUUAGUAAUUGCUACGAAGUAGCAUAAUUUAUAUGGAGUGCAUCCAGUUUUGAUUGAUGCCUGACUUUAACAACCACUCCAUAUUUUGAUAUAUCGUUUUUAUAAGUUUGAGUUUAUGUGACUUAUUUUAGAAACUUGAGCUCACAAACUUUCUCUUAUUUGGUCUCUGUAUGGUAGAAUUAUGCAUUCUAUAAUCUCUGUUCGU